AUGCGAGGAUGUGAUAACAUGUGUACCUACUGUGUAGUUCCUCUGACGAGAGGCAGAGAACGAAGCCGACCUAUAGACUCAAUCAUCGAUGAAGUGCGACGGCUCAGUGAUGAGGGCGUCAAGCAAGUGACUUUGCUUGGACAGAAUGUGAAUAGCUACCGAGACAUGUCUGAGUCAACAUAUGUCGUGGAAGGAGGAGUAGCAACAACUACAGUUCCCGGAUUCUCGACUGUUUACAAACCAAAGAUUGGUGGUCGUACUUUUGUGAUUGAACUUAUCAAGGAACGCCCGAAUAUAUGUAAUCAGUUACACUUGCCAGCGCAGAGUGGAGAUGAUGAAACACUGCAAAGAAUGGGCAGAGAUGUUAGCCUUACAUCCGACUUCAUCGCUGGUUUCUGUGGUGAGACCGAGGAAGCUCACCGAAGAACGCUUGAUUUGAUUCACACUGUCAAGUUUUCAUUCUGUUAUGUCUUCCCUUACAGCAUGAGAGAG